AUGGCCAUCGCCGUGCAGUCUCCCGAGAUUGCCAGCGUCACCCUGCACCGCGCCAUCCCCUUCCACCUGCACCUCUAUGUCCUUCCCUUCCUCUCGCUCUACCCCAUCGCCGCCUACGCCUACCUCGUCCGCUACGAUGACUGGAUCCGCAGCGAGGAGUGGACCUUUGUCUACACCGUCGGCCUCGUCACCCUCCACGCGCUGAGCUUCCUAGUGACAAAGUGGUCCAUCGCCGCAAAGGCCAUCAUCACCUGCACCUCGGCGCGCAGCCUCGACGAUGCCCAGCUCGUACGCAUCUUCCCGCACCCGCACAAGGGCGAGGGCGAGAUCGUGCCCCUCAACACCACCCGCAGGCCGGGCAUGCCCGUCGAGUACGCAUUCACCUACCAGGCCGACAAGUACAUCCUCGCCAACCCGGACCCCACCGCCGCAAAGACCGACAUCCUCGUCUCGCCCCUCAUCCAGGUGCCCACCUUCCGCAGGUUGCCCUACCCCGCCGAUGCCCAGCCCACGCUGGGCCAGUUCCAGGGCAGCCACGGCCUCACCACCCAGUCCGAGGUCGACCUCGCCCUGGGCACCUUUGGCAAGAACCACUUCGACAUCCCCAUGCCCCGCUUCGCCGACCUCUUUAUCGAGCACGCCGUCGCUCCCUUUUUCGUGUUUCAGGUCUUCUGCGUCGGCCUCUGGAUGCUCGACGAGUACUGGUACUACUCGCUCUUCACCCUCUUCAUGCUGGUCGUCUUUGAGUGCACUGUCGUCUUCCAGCGCCUCCGCACGCUCAACGAGUUCCGCACGAUGUCGAUCAAGCCCUACGCCAUCUGGGUCUACCGCGCCAACGCCUGGACCGAGGUGCAGACCACCGAGCUUCUGCCGGGAGACCUCGUCUCGAUCGACCGCUCCAAGGAGGACUCGGCCACCCCCUGCGACCUGCUCCUCGUCUCGGGCUCGACGAUCGUCAACGAGGCCAUGCUUAGCGGCGAGAGCACGCCGCUGCUCAAGGAGAGCAUCGAGCUGCGCGACGCCUCCGAUGUCCUAGACGUCAACGGCGUCGACCGCAACAACGUCGUCUUUGGCGGCACAAAGGUGCUCCAGACCACCCGCCCCGAAGCCGACGGCCCGUACGGCAAGCUGCAGGCGCCCGACAACGGUGCCCUCGGCGUCGUCCUCAAGACCGGCUUCGGUACCUCGCAGGGCCAACUGAUCCGCCUUAUGGUCUUUACCAACGAGAACCGCGUCACGGCCAACAACCUCGAGUCUUUCGUCUUUAUCGGCUUCCUCCUCGUCUUCGCCAUCGCCGCCAGCGCCUACGUCUGGGUCGUUGGCACCGAGAUGGAGCGCCCCAAGGGCAAGCUGCUGCUCGACUGCGUCCUCAUCAUCACGUCGGUCGUGCCGCCCGAGCUGCCCAUGGAGCUGUCGAUGGCGGUCAAUGCGUCGCUUAUGGCGCUGGCCAAGUACGCCAUCUUUUGCACCGAGCCUUUCCGCAUCCCCUACGCCGGCAGGGUCGAUGUCUGCUGCUUUGACAAAACCGGCACCAUCACCGGCGAGGACCUCGAGGUGCAGGGCGUCGCCGACUGCGCUCCGAGCGGCGAGGCCAGGCUGGUGCCGCUCAAGGAUGCCUCGAGCGAGGCCACGCUUACCCUCGCCUCGGCCCACGCGCUCGUCCUGCUCGAGGACGGCCUGGUGGGAGACCCGAUGGAAAAGACGACGCUCGAGGCUAUGGACUGGAAGCUCAACAAGGGCGACGUGCUCUCGCCCACCGACCCCAAGGCCUCGAACCACCGCUUCACGAUCAACGUCCGCCGCCGCUUCCAGUUCUCGUCGGCGCUCAAGCGCAUGUCGACCGUCAGCUUCGUCGUCGACGCCGGCGGCUCGCGCAGGACGCUGGCCGCCGUCAAGGGCGCGCCCGAGACGCUCAAGUCGAUGUACGCCAACCUGCCCGCCCACUACGACGAGACCUACAAGGGCUUCACUCGACGUGGCAGUAGGGUGCUCGCGCUCGGUUACAAAUUCAUGGACGACGUCAAGGACGCCGGCAAGGUCAACAACGUCACCCGCGACCAGGUCGAGAGCGGUCUCGCCUUUGCCGGCUUCCUCGUCUUCCACUGCCCGCUCAAGCCCGACGCCGUCGCCUCGAUCAAGCAGCUCAACGACUCGUCGCACCGCUGCAUCAUGAUCACCGGCGACAACCCGCUGACGGCGUGCCACGUGGCGUCCGAGGUCGAGAUCGUCGACCGCGACGUCCUCAUCCUCGACCUGCGCGAGGGCGCCAAGAGCGACGAUGAGCUCAUCUGGCGCUCGGUCGACGAGUCGCGCCUGAUCCCCGUCAGGGCGUCGGACCCGCUCGACGCCGCGCUGUUCAAGGACCACGACAUCUGCAUCACGGGCGCCGCCAUGAAGCAGUACCAGGACAACGCCGCCGCCUGGAACCAGCUCGUGCAGCACACGUUUGUCUACGCCCGCGUCUCGCCGAGCCAGAAGGAGUUUAUCCUCAACUCGCUCAAGCAGCUCGGCUUCGUCACGCUCAUGGCCGGCGACGGCACCAACGACGUCGGCGCGCUCAAGGCGGCCAACAUUGGCGUGGCGCUCCUCGACGGCACGCCCGAGGACCUCCAGAAGAUUGCCGAGCACCAGCGCAAUGAGCGCAUGAAGAAGGUCUACGAGUCGCAGCUCAGCUUGACGGCGCGCUUCGGUCAGCCGCCGCCGCCGGUGCCGCCGGCGCUCAAGACCCUCUACCCGGACCUCGAAAAGGCGCGCGACGAGGCGCUGGCCAAGAUGCAGAACCAGCGCACCGUCGAUCGUACGGCCAAAUUUGACCUCUCGGCCAUCACGGCCCAGAUGGCUGACGCCGACCUCGACGACGGACCGCCCCAGAUCCGCCUUGGAGACGCCUCGGUCGCCGCCCCAUUCACCUCGAAGCUGUCCAACGUCGCCUCGGUGCUCGCCAUUGUCCGUCAGGGCCGCUGCACGCUCGUCGCCACCAUCCAGAUGUACAAGAUCCUGGCGCUCAACUGCCUCAUCCAGGCCUACUCGCUCUCGGUCCUCUACCUCGAGGGCAUCAAGUUUGGCGACUACCAGGUGACAAUCUCGGGCAUGCUGGCCAGCGUCUGCUUCCUCUGCAUCUCGCGCGCCCAGCCCAUCGACAAGCUGAGCAAGGAGCGCCCCGUCACCAACAUCCUCAACGUCUACGUCUUUGGCUCGAUCCUCACCCAGACGGCGCUCCACGUCGCCACCAUGUACUACAUCCAGCGCCUCUCGGUCAUCUACGAGCAGCCCGACGACGUCGUCGACCUCGAGGCCAAGUUUAGCCCGUCGCUCCUCAACACGGGCGUCUACCUCCUCGGACUCUCGCAGACCGUCUCGACGUUUGCCGUCAACUACAUCGGCAGGCCCUGGCGCGAGGGCAUCAAGGAGAACAAGUACCUCUACUACGGCCUCGUCUCGGUCGGCGCCAUCGCCGUCCUCGGCGCCACUGAGAGCUUCAUCGAGCUCAACGAGUGGCUCCAGCUCGUCAAGAUGCAGGGCGCCUACCAGGCCCGCCUCGUCGCUAUGAUGCUCGCCGACUUUGGAGGCUGCUACCUCCUCGAGAGCUUCUGGAGCCUGUUUGCCGACGUCAAGCCAAAGGAGCUCGUCACGCGCGGCAGCAAGCGCAGAGAGGAGAGGAGGAAGAGAGAGGUCCAGGAAGCCGCCGUACGCGCGCUCGAGGACAUGAAGCGCGACGUCCAGGUCGCCGGCAGGCAGCAGCAGUAG